AUGGAGGACGCUGAUAGAGUUACAUCCAGAUUAUGGAGAGCAUACCGUACCAUUAAAGAGAUGGUGUCAGACCGUGGAUACUUUAUUUCCCAGGAGGAACUAGAGAUGUCGUUGGAAGAGUUUAGGGAGAAAAUCUGCGAUUCCAUGGGUAUGCCACAGCGGAAACUCAUGUCAUUCCAGGCAAAUCCACGCCAGGAAGCACAGGAAAAAUAUGGAGAUCUAGGCCCAUUAUGGGUGGAGUUUUGUGACGAGCCUAGUGUUGGUAUUCAAACAAUGAAGAAUUUUUGUGCACAUAUAACAGACAAGAACUUCUCGACUGGGUUAUUCAUUUACCAGAAGAACCUAACUCCAAGUGCAACCAAGGCUAUAGCUGCUGCGGAACCUGCAGUUAUUGAAAUUUUCCAGGAAACUGAUAUUAUUGUGAAUAUUACCCAUCACGAGCUUGUUCCAAAGCACAUCAGAUUAAGUAAUGAGGAGAAGAAAGAUUUAUUGACAAGAUACAGAUUAAAGGAGUCGCAAUUACCUAGAAUCCAAAGCGAGGAUCCAAUUGCUAAGUAUUUAGGGUUGAAGAGAGGCCAAGUUGUGAAGAUUAUCAGGAGAUCUGAAACUUCUGGUAGAUAUGCAUCUUACAGAAUUUGUUUAUAA